GAGAUCACCGCGAAUCCCUGCGGAGCUGUUUGUUUUGCUUUUGCGUAGCUUUUCAUCGAUGUCGUCAUCUACGUGAGUGGUAUGCGUGUGAUGCUCGCGUUGAAAAUGUGCCCAUGAACUGUUUGCCUCGUGUACGUGGUUGUGCGUGGUGUGUCUCUUUGUAAGUGUGUGUUGAAAGAAUUGUUUUGAUUCAUUUAAAGUACAAGCGAUCGAAAAACUGCAUCGCCGCCACCGAGAGGAUCGUGUGUUGCUAAGAGAACCGUCUGGACAAGACCCUCCAUUUGCAAUGACUCCCGGACCGACAACCAAAAUGGAUCGUUCAAUGGUGGCUGGUAGCGGUGGUGGUUCGGCCGGUACCACCGAUCAGCGCAAGCGCUGCGGAGAGACGAUCCACUCGGGCCAGUUUAUGGUGUCACACUUCGAAACCGAAGGUGCUGAGGACGAUGACGAUGAUCUGGGAAUGCAGAUGGAGGAAGUCAAACCGGCGGAUCUCAUUGCAACCGACAGUGCCGGUGUCAUUCUGCCGGUGUCCGCUUCGGGUACCAUGGCGGAUGUGACCGCAUCCUCUUCAUCCGGUGCGCUGGUACCAUUGGCCAGUAUAGGAUCGACGGAGCAGCCAAACCAGCUGGCCCGAUACGUACCAAGGCAUAUCGGCAACCGGUCCACGGUAUCGCAGGUCGAAAUCGAUACGGACCUUUCGACCGUAUUCAAUACGCUCAACGUUACGUACACACAAAAGCUGACGUCUCCCAAAUGGAACCCUUUCAAAGGCAUCCGCUUGCGAUGGAAGGAGAAGAUCCGCCUGAACAAUGUUAUCUGGCGCUGUUGGCACAUGCAAUUUAUCAUGAAGCGGAAAACUCUAGUCUGUCAGUUUGCUUCCCCGCUAGACGUAGACGUUCACAAUACACCUCAGGCCAUUUUGCUUGAAGGAAAGUACUGGAAGAGGAAAUGCAACGUAAUCAAGGCGGAGUACAAGAAAUGGCGACGGUUUAAUGUAAAUAGAGCAUUAGGUGCGACUAACAUUGUCGAUACGAAUAGCGAAUUAGACUUCUUGGAGUGGUCUCCGAUCAGUAAUGAUAUAUUUAUGAUCACCGAUAAUAUGCCCACGGAUACGCUGUUCUCUACACUAGCCCAGUAUCCGUUUCCCGACUCUAGAGAGAUAGCUCGUGGUGCGGGUCGGGCCGACUUCAUUCAGCCCAGCUUGGGCCCGCUACAGCCAAACCUCGAUGAUUUGAUGGAUUUGGACCUAGAUUUUCUGAACUUCUCGCGACUUGCCCCCGUACCGGAAGAAGCCUCAGACGAUCUGCUGAAAGCAAUCGACUACAAUUACACACUCGGGUCCAACCAAUUAACCAACGCUGGUAGUAGCAUACAGGAAGCGCCGGAGACACUCCAGGCAGUCUCCGGCAACAACCAGCAGACGAAUCAAGCAAGCGGCUGUAUACAGCAGCAACCGGUUGGCAUGCAAUAUUCGUCGAAGAUCUACGCCCAAGCAUUGCAGCCCACGAGUGCGGGAUCACCUUCACCUUCGGUGCAAUCCUCCAUUGCCCAGCAGCUUAGCAACGCAAUCGAUACGUACCUAUCCGAUCAGCUUAUUGGUGGCGGCAACCCGACUGGGAACAGUCAAGGGACCGCAUCACUGGGUGCAUCGCUCGGCAUUGGUCAGGUGGCAUCAGGUCAGCCACAACAACAGCAGCAUACGUUAGCCGGCAGUAACAGUACCGACGAGCUAGCGCGCAGUGUCAAAUCGAAGUUCACCCGCGGUUACGCCAAACACAACUACGACCCCAAAUACCCACCGACACCCCAUCAAACGAUGGCAUACAAUAUGGUUUCGCAGCCGCACAUGGGACAAGCGGCGGCCGGUAGCGCGGUCCUUGGAGCAUCCGGUCCCUACGGUAGUAACGCCACCGGUGGCUUCCAGAAUGUGAUUUCUUCAUCUGCCUCCGCCUCGUCCGGCAUUCUUCAGAUGGGGGGCGGUGGUAUCCCAUCGUCGUUAACGCCUAGUAGUAUGCAGCUACACUACAACCAUUCCGCUUUGCAGAACGCCGCUGGCAAUCCAGUUAACCUCUCCAACAGCACCGGUGCGACGAGCGCUGCUGGUAGUGGUAAUGGCAACAUCCGGACACCCUCCCAAAUGAGCAACACCGGCGGAGGGGCACCUGCCCAACCAAACGUGUCCGGAGGCUCGGUAAUGCUGAUGCAAAGCAUGAACUCUAAACUGUUGACGCACAGCCAAUCGCUGCCGGUGCCGGCAUUGCCGCAAUCGAAACCAGCCGCACCACAACCCCGCUCAACCUCCAUGCCGACAGGGCCGAACUACAACCAAAUGCUGGCAUCGCAACACUCUCCUCCCGGUAGCCUGCAUGCAUCGCAAUCGGGAAGCAGCUACAAAUCCUACCACGGACACCAACCCCAACCGUACAAGAUUCCUUCGCAAACGGUUGGUGCCGGUAGUUCGUAUGCCAGCGGGGUACGAGCAAUGCGUCAUUCGUCCCCACCGCACGGCACCCUACUGCAGCCAACCUCCGGCUCGUCCGGGCCAGCAACGGGCAUCGGAAUGAGCACGAGCACAGGUCAACCUGUGGGUAUAUCGAACGCACUGGAACAGUCGCAACAACAGCUGCAGGAUCUUCAGCUUCAACAGCAACAGCAGCAACAGCAAUCGAUUGGGUCUACGGCGGGCAGUCUGCAGCAAACGCAAGCUAAACGCCAUCCACCGCAUCCCACCAAAGAGAUGUUCCGCUCGAACAGUCUUCCGAUCAAUGCGACCUUUCCGCUACCACCGAAGGAGGCGGAAAGCUUUGCCAUGCCCCGGUACCAUCAAUCCUCACAGAAGAGCAAUGCGAAAUUGCGCACACGCAGUAACUCGAUGAUCAUGAAGCAGCAAACGGGAGUCAUAACGAACCCGGGAAUGGGGAUGAUAGGAUCCGCUAGUACGGGAAUGACUGGUGCAGGUGGUUCGCUACACGUACUGUCACCGACACUGCACGCGACCUCCAGUGAACCGAUGCUCAACGUUACCAAUAGUGCUCUGCUUGCCCAACUACUAACAACUAAUAACGCAAGUACCUUACUGAAUAAACAAUCACACAGUACAUCAUCAAGUGCCAUAAGUACCUUAACGCAGUCUUCGUCACAGCAGCAGCAGCAGCAACAUCAGCACCAGCAGCAACAGACGAGUUUGUUUCAAACGAUGUCAAUGGGUAACACCAUUUCCCCAUCGUCCUCUCAACUUCAGUUGCAUCAGUUGCAACAACAGCAACAGCAGCAACAACAACAGCAGCAGCAGCAGCAACAUCACCAUCAAAUGUCCAGUGCAACACCCGGCACAUCCAGCAGUACGAUGCGAGCUCAACCGAGCCACAGUUCCGUGCUGAAUUUUGCCUCCUCUUCCGGCAUGUCUCUAUCGCAGCAGAGUCUUUCGCCCGAUUCGGCACACGAUACGGAUGGUCCACUAUCACCGACCGGGCUGGGUGGUAGCAGCAGCACCAGUACGGGCGGUGCCGGCAGUAAGUUCCCGCGCAGUGAUAGCCAACGUCGCACGGGGCACAUUCACGCGGAACAAAAACGUCGGUACAACAUUAAGAAUGGGUUCGAUACACUCCACUCGUUGAUACCGCAGCUACAGCAGAAUCCAAAUGCAAAGCUAAGCAAAGCGGCAAUGCUACAGAAGGGUGCCGAUUACAUCAAGCAGCUACGAUCCGAGCGUACGUCCGCCAACGAUCAGAUGGAUGCAUUGCGCCGGGAGAUUGAUCAAUUGAAUAAUUCAUUGAAUAACCUUCAUACCGCACUGCCUGCCAGUGGAGCGCCGGUAUCCCGCCAGCGAACCGGUCGCGUGAAGGAACUGUACCAACACUACGUCCGGCAGCGAACGUUGGAGAACUGGAAAUUCUGGAUCUUCGGGUUGAUCUUCGAACCGUUGCUCAAUUCCUACAACCAAACGGUUUCUGUCGCGAGUAUGGAUGAGAUGUAUCGUACCAGCCAGCUGUGGGUUGAUCAACACUGUUCAUUGGUGGAGCUAAGGCCUGCCGUUUCCAAUCAACUGCGGCAACUGUCAACGACGACGGAUGUCCUGUCGGAUCCUCCAAGCUCACUGCAGGAGGAGGUACUUAAGGCGAUCUCCAAUUCGACCAACAGCUCACUCGGACCGAGAGCCUCCGGAAAGGGGGGUAGCAGCCGGGGAGGAAGCAGCACCGAAACCAGCCCCAACAGAUCGUAAAGCGCUGUGGUGUUGUUGUGAAUGUUACUCCUUUUUCUUACCGAUUUUUCAUUGUUUUAUCAUUAUUGAACGAUCUUUUAUUACACUUCCGUUUUUUAUGAGCAAACCCGAUAGGGAAAGAGGCGAUAUAUAUUUUUUCGUUACAUACUAUUCAAAAGCGGAGGUAGUACGUCUUUCUUGCUGGCAAGCGGGCAUAGUAUGCAAUUAAAUUGAAUGGUGCACUUACAUCCACACCCACACACAUACCCACAGUUGCUAUUCUUCAUUUUGCUUAUCGCCUUACGUGAUAAAAAUAAGCUCAAAUUAAGGAAAACUAAAUAGGCGUGUAAGUGUACGCGUGUAACACAAAACACAAACUACAUAUGAACAGUGCCUUUUGUUCCGGUUCGGCGUUAACCCCAGGACGAGCCACCAGGUUGAAUGAAGUGUUAAAAAUUGAAACAGAAAUUGUUUCUUUAUGCAAUACAAAAUGACGUUACCAUAAUCUCAGUGAAACAGGUCACAAAUAGUAGCCGCGAUAUAGAAGGUGAGGGAGGUCGCGCAAUGUAUCCGCCGGCUAAUUCCAUCAUUGACCACGUUCGGUAUCGACAAAAGAAGUCUAGUUUAGUUUAUUCGUUCGUCGUUAUUCGUUUUAAAAUAGUUUUUGUUUUGUUUUUUUUUUAUUUUUGUUUGUUUCUUUGUACUGUACGAAAGUAAACUUUCUAUCGUAUCAUUUACACACCAUACUAGCUCCUUUUUUCUAUGUUUACAUUAAGCACGUCGUCUUUAAAAGUUGUUGUUAAGAACGUUAGUUUUCUUGCUUACCCUAUCCUUUUUUCGUUCUGUUCGUAUCUAACAAUACUUUUGCUUAAAGCGUUCAUUUGCCAAUUCGAUCAUCCACGAGCGAGCGUUAGCGGAAGCGAAUAAUUUGCUGUUAGUGCGUACCAUGUAAGCGGUAAUGUUAAUCUGUUUUUUUUUUAAUAGCUUUAGCCCAUCGUUAGUAGAGUUAGUGAUUUGUUGGAUAGAUUGUGAGACAAGGAGAUAUCGUUACUUCUAUCAAUGUACGUAGAGUUAUCGCUUGCGAGAUGUGUGAUCGCCUUAAAGUAGAAGUGAGCAGUGUGCGGUGUACGUAUUUUUUACUAGCCUAACUUAACACGAUAUGCAAACGCAGGCGAAUAUUCCAUACUGCACACGACACGGAUUUGUGCGUGUAUGCAAUCGGUAUCAAAACCAACGAGAGAAUAAAAAAAAGGCUGUUGUGUUUCCGGUACAUCACACCAGGUAGGAAAAUGCUACAGAACACAACACAUCAACCCUUCCAAUGAUUAAAAGCAUGGAAUUAUCGUAGCACAGCAGCUCGAGAAAGUACAAUUAGGUUCCGAAAUGUUAGACAGGGAAAAGUGUAAGUUUUUCGCUACCAUUCAAGCGCGAGUAAAGAUCAAAAGGUUAAUCGCAUUAAAGUGAGAAAAACGAGAGCGGGAAAGGGUUUUGUUACUAUUGUAAUGAAAUUUCGAUUUUCCCCGCCCAAACAACAAACACACAGCCCGUAAUAAGUGAUUGUAUAUGCAAGCGACUGUCCUGCUGAAUGGAGUGUCCGAAACCGCUCAGUGAUGGAGCAACUCAUGCUACAAAAGCUCAUCGAAUAUUGUGACCGAAAAAAGAGAUAACUUCAAGCCCACCUUAAGGAUCAGACCCUGGCAUGCAGUGGAGGAUCAAUCCCCUUGGAGGCCCAGGGCGGAAUUAUAGUUGGGGCCUCUAAUUUUAAAAACGAUGAAGGAGGGGGAGGGGGGAAGGCAUUGAGGCCCUUGAAAUGAUCUGCAACCACAUUUGUCCACUUUUCCUAUGAUAGUCCCGGUGCAAGAGUCGGUUCCUGUCGCGCGCCGAUCGAUCGAUCCACAAAACAUCUUUCGUACGGAUUGUCCUUGGACCAUCAUUGCGGGCGGAUCCUUCAUCUCGCUCAAACUUUCCGCCGGCUGAUACGAAAUUCCAUACAAACCAUACAUACUUUGUUGU